AUGUCUGGCGCUCCCCCUCCGCCGCCGCCGCCGGGUUUCCCUCAGGCGUUCCUCCCGCCUGUCCCGCCGCCAUGGACGGAGCACAGAGCCCCGAACGGCACGCCCUACUGGUUCAAUCCGCUCACAAACGUCUCAACCUACACUCGCCCCGUCCCCGCUCCUCCUCCCGGCUUCCCCAUCGCGGGAGCUUCCAUCCCUCCCCCUCCACCCGGUUUCCCCGUCGCCGUCCCUCCCGCUCCUUCCGCUCCUCCGGCCCAGUUCGCUCCGCCCAUCCACUUCGCCGCGGGUGCAGACGGCGCUGCGGGUAAGAAGAAAGAGAAGAAGGAGAAGCCGAAGGAGAAGAAAACGAUUGAGGGAACACCUUGGAUUCGCGUGACGACCAACAAGGGGAACGUGUUCUACAACAACAAGGAGACGAAGGAGAGCUUGUGGACUGUACCGGACGAGAUCAAGGAGCAGGCCGAGGCGUUGGAGAAGGAGGAGCAGGAGGCGAAGGAACGGGAGGAGCGGGAACAGAGGGAGAAGGAGGAGGCGGAGGCGAAGUCUGCUUCACCUCUGUCGGGGAAGAAGCGGAAGGCAGCGGACGAGGACGAGGCGGAGAACGACGAGGAGGAGCAGGAGGGUUCGCCAGCUGAGGAGGAAAAGGGCGAUCUGGACAUCGAGAUCGAGGGAGCGGCCGAGGGUUCCGGCCUUCCUUCCAAGCCUGAAGAACCGACCGCUCCUGCACCAGCCGCCGACUCGCAGCCGCCGAAGAAGAAGAAGGCCAAGACCAAGGUCGUCACCUCGCUCGAGGAGCUCGACGACGAGGACUGGCAGCGGCAGAUGGCGGCUGAGAUGGCGAAGGAGGCUGAGGAUCAGGAGAAGCAGGAGCAGGAGGCGGCGGCUGCGCCUGCGGCAGAAGCGGAGAAGCAGAAGGUUGAGGAGCAGCGGGCGCCGAAGCUCGAGGUUGACCAGGUCGAGGCGGCGGCGCUUUACAAGGUCCUGCUGAGCGAGAAGGACAUCAAUCCGAUGGCCCCAUUCGAGACCGAGUUGCCCAAGUUCGUGAACGACCCGCGCUACCACUCCGUCAAGAGCCAGCGGGACCGACGAGACUUAUUCGACGAGUUCUGCAAGGAGAAGAUCCGCGAACAGCGGGCGGCGAAGAAGCGGGCUGCCGAGAGCGGGCAGAAGGUCGACCCUCUCACCGCCUACCGCCAACUCCUCGCAACCGUCGUUACCUCCACCCGCACGCACUUCUCCGACUUCAAGCGCUCGCAUCAGAAGGACCAGCGCUACCGCGACUUUGGCAAGACCGAGGGAGACCGCGAGAAGGAGUUCAAGCGGUAUUUGCGCGAGCUGGGCGAGCGGAAACGCGAGGCGGCGGAGAAGGCUGAGAGGGAGUUCAGAGAGAUGCUGAGCGAGGACCGACAGAUCAAACCGGGCGACAAGUGGGCAGAUGUCAAAAAGCGGCAUGCGAACGACUCGCGCUACACUGCCGUCAACUCCUCCUCUCUACGCGAACAACUCUUCAACAAGCACGUCUCGGCUUUCGCGUCCGGCUCGUCUUCCGCGCCGUCCGGUUCGACGAACUCAGGCAAGCCUGCGCCGUCGAAGGAGGACAAAGCCGCUCGGGCGGCGGCGUCGCUGCGAGAACGCGAAGAGCGUGUCAGGCAGGAGAAGAUGCGCGCUGAGCGGAACACGAACUUGGCGAGGGGCAACUUGGGUAAGGAAGAGGCUGAGCGCGAGUUUGGGCAGUUGCUCGUCGAUGCCGUGCGGGAUCACAAAGCCCGCUUCGACGAUCUCGCCUCCUCCAUGUCUCGUGACCCUCGUUUCGACGCGCCUUCUCUCACUCCGCUCGACAAGCGACGCCUUUUCGAUUCUCACCAAGCCAAGCUCUACCGCUCCCGCAUCGCCGACGUUGAAUCGCUUUUCGCCGCCCACUCGCCGAAAAUCACGACCCCUUUCCACGACGUCCUGCCAUCCAUCUCGUCCGACCCGCACGUCACCCGCCUCGUCGGCGACGACUUCGACCAGCUCGAGAAGCUGUACGACUCGUGGAUCGCGUCUCGGACUAAGCAGGCGCGCGAGGACUUUACCCAGAUGCUCAAGGAGAACUCGAUCCUCGAGCACUGGGGCAGGCUGAAGAAGAUGGAGAAGCGGGAGGACGUCAAGAUGAUUGGCGAGGAGGGCGUCCGGGAGGACAGCGAGGACGAGGAGCCGGAUGUCAAGGCUAUGGCGGAACAGGUGGACUUGCGGGCGAUUCAUGCUGUUCUCAAGAAUGACAAGCGCUACCUCGAAUUCAACCACGUUCCCGAAGAACGCGCGAGAUGGGUCGAGGAGUACGUCGAGAACCUUGCGGCGCCAAAGACGACCGUUCACCAGCGCGACUAG